AUUCUAUCAUUCUUGGUUGAUACUCUGUUCUGUUCGUUCAAUUUGUGUUCUGUUUGUUAAUUUCUUCGUUAUAAGUCGUCAUAUGUUCGUCGGUUUCAGGGUCACAUUUUAUUUAUACCUAAACGUUAAAAGUUUCUUCUUGAGGUCUUAAGUCUUAAUUUUUUUUCGUACUAAAUGUUGGGUAGUAAUGUAGUUUAAUGAUUAUUUAAGGCUCAUAUAAUUUGUACGCCUAUAGAUCUGUACCACUGAAAUCGAAAAGCGUACUAUAGAUAGAGAGGGAGCGAAAUAUUUAUAUAUUGCGCAAAUGCAUAAAUAGAGAGAGCGAUUUGGGAAUUUUUAUUGUUAUCCCUAGCACUUUGUUUUCUGUAUCGUCGAAGUCUGCGGGUAUUGCAUACCUGUCGGCGGGUCAAAGAGAAUAACCAGGAAACCUUUCAUGCAAGAAGUUUGAGUGUUCGCUAAAUUAAAGAUAGAUAAGUAAAAUAAGGCAAAAAUUCUUAAUAGCAGUAGAACCAUUCAAUGGCUUUGACGUCCAAUUCGAAGAGCUACAUAUAUGAAAAAUUACAAGUUGUAUCAUCAUAACGAAAUUUUCUGUAAACGGCGGUGCAUGAUAUCUCUGACCAAGACUACAUGUGAGUGAUGUUCGUGGCAAUAAUUAACUGAUCUACACAACCUCUACUCGUUGGGUGCCAAACACCGGUUGAAGUGAAGUUCGUGCCAUCCGAAGAAUUGUGUGAAAAAGCAAGUAGAUGCCUUGACGAGUAUGAACCAGCUUGCAAUUUAUAUAGCCUUGUGAACGAAGCUUUGCGUGAAAAAAAGCCGAACUUUGUAGAUGAAAACACAGACUUGGCCGACACCAAAAUGGGCAGCAACCUUUUUUAUCCAAAAAAUAAACUUGAUUUCGAAAAUUCUUUUAAGCAAUAUAUCACGCAAGUAUAUUUUGGUGAUGAGUACAUCAUUAAACGCAAAAGAAUACACUCGGACUAUCCGAAAGAAAAUAAUAUUAAACGCCGAAAAAUAAACUCGAUUGACAAAGAAACAAAGCCAAAUAAAAGUGAUACUGAACAUCAAAAUUUCAAUAUGGAAACUGCAAGUCAUUCAUUGCCACCAAAAGAUAGUAUUUUCAAUAACCGCUAUUAUCCAACUAAACGAAAAAACAACAUUAGACAUUUGCGGAGAAGCAAAUCCACUAAAAAUGUGGCACACGAAAAUAAUGUUGCGUUUAUGAAUGUCGGUGCCGAAAACACUGCAGGCCUGUAUGAUGCCCAUUUGAACAAUUAUUUUUAUAUCCCUGAUGAGCCCGUGGUGCAAAGAAAUUUUAAAACACACGAAGUGCCGAAACCAUAUGCCUCUCUAAAUGCCGAAUUCAAAGUUGUUAGACAGAGCUAUAAUAACUUUACUGUCGUCCCUCUUAUCAAUAACGAAGCUAAGGUGGAUAGAAAUUUCCCAGUAAACGGAGUGACGAAUGUCAAUGGCGCAUUAUACUCCACUUUCAAUGAUUUCAAAAUUAAUUAUAAUAAUUUAAAUAUCAUCCCCAUUGCGAAUGCCAAUUCCAAUGUUAUCCAAAACAAUUAUUGGAAUUUCAGUACCGUUCCUUUUACAAACACCGAAUCCGUAUUAGGUCAGUUCAUAGCGAACGAAGUGCCGGAAAGCAAAGACGCGACGAAUGUCAAUCUCAAAGUGGUCGAAUUGAACUACGAUAAUUUAAAUGCUGUCCCUGUUAUAGAUAGUGAACCAGUGUUGAAACACUUCUUAGCGAACGAAGUUUCCAAAAGAAAUGGCGCUACGAAAGCCCACCCCAAAGUCGUCGAAGUGAAUCACAAUAAUAGUACAAAUGCUGUCCCUGUUAUGAAUGGUGAAACGAACGAAGCCUCCAAAAGCAAUGGCGCUUCGAACGUCAAUUUCAAAGCCGAUACGUAUAACUUUUUGGUUAAUAGGAAAAAUAAGAGCUCUACGAGUAUCAAUUUAAAAGUCAACCAGGUGCCAAGCGAUCACCAGAUGGUAGAGAAUGAAGUGCCAAAAUGUGAUAAAGCUCAGGAUGUGAACUUCAAAAUAACCGAUAAGACGAAAGAUGGCAUUGUAUUGGUGGACCACUUCACGGUUGUUUCGGAGGACAACAUUGCAAACAGAGCUGAAGUGAACGAGAAUUUCCUGCUUACUAACAAGUCCGACAAUAUGACACUUGACGAGGAGUUUGAUAUGAAUUUGGAUUUCCUGAACGAAACUGAGGAGGAUUUCGCAGUGAAUUUCGAUCAGCUCAUAAACAUGGUUGAAGACAGUUAUACGAAUACAUCCACUAGUUUGGAUACAAACCAAGAUUCAAAGAAAAAUUGCGACUUGGAAUCAUAUUUAGCCGUAGAUGAAUUCAAUUCAUUUAUCACUUUCUAGAAUAAGCGUAGUUUUAAUUGUUUGUGAUGGUUCUCUAAUUUUAUUGUUGCAUGUAUUUAACUCGAUUAUAUAUUGUACAGAUUAAACUAAAAAUAAAAUGCUUAGAAGUGAUCGAUUUAAAAUCGGCUGAAUUCUCUAAUUAUUGUAGAAAUUUUUAUUGUCGCUAGAACAAAGCAGCAUUGGUAUUUAAAAAUUUUAAAUAUAAGAAGUAACUAAGGGGUAAUUUUAAGCGCAACCGAACUUUUUAUGCUCUUGCAAUUUGCGAAGCCAGAGAA